UAUAUCUCCCGGUCGUCCACAGGAGGAUCGUCGUCGAGGGAGAGAAGAGACUUUAGCCCCUCUCCUCGAGGCCGAGUUCUUCCACUCAUGGUGUUUUACGGCGCGAGCUCGUUUGAAAUUCUUCGCGUGGAGUCGCGGCCGUAUUUAUAGAGCCGCGCGCGGACUCGCGAGUUCACGCACGUAGAAUCACGCGCGCGCCUCCUCCUCUCUCCAGUAAAAAGGGGGAGAGAAGGAAGAAGAGGAGAGAGAGAGAGAGGUAGAAGGGAAGAAGACGAAAGGGAAGAGAAGGCAGAGAGGAUAGAAGAGACACAGUGGAAACGGAGAGGAAAGGAGAGACAGAGAGACGCGUCGCGUCGACGGAGGGCAGAGCACGCGGCACGUCUGCGAUCAUGAAGCGAUGCAUCCGCGACAGGAGCACCGGCCCGCUUCGUCGUCGAGCACGUCCUCGACGUCGUCGAACUGUCUGCGCUCGCUGCCCCCACUGGCAGGCCUCGAUUCACCGGGCAUGAUCGCCCGGCUGCUGGGGGCGAACGCGGCCCUCCUGUUCCUCCUGCUGCUCCUCGCCACGCUCACCACCGCCGACUGCCUCCACGACGUCUCCAGUGGAAAUGGGACGUUCGCGAGCUUCGGGAACAAUGGGACCAGCUGGCAACGCGUCGUCGAUCAAGAUUCUGUUGUGGAGCAAUUACCAAAGAACAGAUCCACGAAAUUGUCGUAUUUCACGAACUGGAGCGAAUGGAGCGUAUGCGACCGCCAUUGCACGCAGAACAGAGUUCGAAGGUGUCGGGUGAAGAAACGAUGUGGGAACACGAUACUUAGGGAGGAAAGGUCCUGCCAGCAUAAUAGAAAAAGCAGGUGGAGGAGAUGCAAGCAGCGUCAAAGAAGAGGGCACAGGAGAAAGGAAAACUUCCACGUCGUGCAGAUGCCUAAAAAGGAAGCAGAGCCUAGACACGGAAAACGAAGAGGCAAGGACAUCAAAGACCAGGCUGUAGGAUAUUACGGGAAAUGGAGUAAAUGGUCACCUUGCACAAGAUUGUGCACCACUCAACGUCACAGGUGGUGCAAGAAGCCCGGAAUCUGCGAACGCGACGUGAUAAGAGAAAGCGCCUAUUGUUACGUCGAGGGUAGCUUCUGCCAAAGAUGGAUUCAUCGAAAAAUCCGUGGAAGCCACGAAGAAGACGGUGACGAUAUCGUGUUAGACGAGUUCGAGCUAAAUCCCAACACCGUCGACAGUUUCAUUCCCGAGAAGAAUUUCCACGCCUGGAAAUGCGGAAUUUCGAGCAAUCAAAAAAGUUAUCGCCUAUCUUACUUCACGAAGAUCAUCGGUGGACGUCCGUCGACUCCUGGAAGCUGGCCCUGGCAAGUUGCCGUAUUGAACAGAUUCCGUGAAGCUUUUUGCGGAGGGACCUUGGUUUCACCGAGAUGGGUGCUAACUGCGGCACACUGUAUCAGAAAGCGACUUUAUGUUCGAAUUGGAGAACACGAUUUGACGGUGAAAGAGGGCACUGAAUUGGAAUUAAGGGUGGAUUCAGUGACGAUACACCCCGAAUACGACGCCGACACAGUGGACAAUGACGUUGCGAUGCUUCGUCUUCCUGUCACUCUGACAACCUCACCUUCCAGAGGAUUCGCCUGCCUUCCGGUGGCUAACCAACCUCUACCUGCCAAUCAGCUGUGCACCAUCAUUGGCUGGGGAAAGUCCCGAGUCACCGACGACUUCGGUACCGAUGUUCUUCACGAGGCACGGAUACCCAUAGUAUCCACGGAGGCGUGUCGAGGCGUUUACGUGGACUACAGGAUCACGGAGAACAUGUUCUGCGCGGGAUAUCGACGUGGAAAAAUAGAUUCAUGCGCGGGCGACAGCGGAGGACCGCUUCUCUGUCGAGAUCCGCGAAGACCGGAUCAUCCGUGGACGAUUUUCGGCAUCACCAGUUUCGGCGAGGGAUGUGGAAAACGUGGAAAAUUCGGGAUAUACGCUAGAAUGUCGAAUUACGUUCGCUGGGUCAGCAGAGUGAUCAGAGAAACGGACGAUUUUCAUUGAAACCUUCGAUGGACACAUCAUGUGUGCUUCGAUCACUGUGCUCAGUGCUUGCUAACUGUCCGGAGGACUCGUACUAACGCUAAGAACGCUGUUCAACCGUAAUUCAAAUCGAAAGAACGGGAGUAAUCAUUCUGACUGCCAUGCGUCUCUUGAAACGAAUGUCAUUUUAUUACUCUGUUUAUUUCUAACCGAUACAAAACAUCACUUUGCAUACGAAAAAUACCAUUUUAUAAAACAGACGACGAUAAAAUAAAACGAAACAAUUUGUUCGAUUUCUAUCAUUUCCAACUGGAUUUCAAAUUCUCAACGAAAGCAACGUAUAACGGGUGAACUCUUUUCUUCUUCUUCUCUAAACUCUUUAUUCAAUGAUAGGAAACGCAAUGUGAAAAAGAAAUCAUACGGUACACUAUUUAUAAUAUAUAUUUGUGCAACUCGACACUGUUCCUGCUCCACUCGGACCAGCGAUCAAACGGAACGGUUCAAAGAUAGGCGGCAAAGAAACCAUCGAAGCGAACUUGUCACAAAGAA